AAAAAACAUCCGCCGCAUGUGGCCGGCCGGCGUUGUGUCUUGGUGCCUCGUGCACGUGUCUGGCACACUUGAACCACUCACGACACCCUCCUGGCUUCAUGAUGGGGAUUCGAUCACUGUCUCUCGUGCUUCCUCUCGCAUGUUCGCCGGCGGGAUCGUUUAUCCUGCCUGCGACAAGGUUGCGGUCCGUGGUGCGGAUGCGACAAGAUUGUGACGUUCACUACAGCAGAGGUGCGGCCAGGAGCGGAACUGACGCUGCGGUCAAGGGCAGGGAGCGUUUCAUGUCUAUGGAGCUGGGGUUCGACCCUCUCACGCGUCGAUGUUCAUGCCAACCCGUGGGCGCACACCGCUCCAGGUCUCUACCUCUGAGGAGUCAGCAGGUACAGGCAUCAGCAGAGGAAACCACUGUGUCGGCGGAUCCAACGCAAGAGACGUUACCCGAGUGCAUAUCGAACGAUGCCGUAUCCUACUGGGUACACCCGGCAAAGGAAUCACACAUCUGGCUUGUGGGAGUUGUCCACGGCACGAAGUCUGGGGUGCAGUUGGUGGAGGAAGCGAUCGGGGAGAUCAGGCCAGAAGUCGUCAUGGUGGAGCUAGAUGCGGAUCGCAUUUGUGUGCUUCCCCCAGGGGAGGCCAUGGAGACCCGAAACGGCCUGUGGUGGUGGGCACCAGAGGAAGAACCGGAGGGAUCAGCUGAAGUAGAUGAGGAUGGCCAUAAAGACGGACAAUAUGCUGAGGAUAACGACGAGGACGUGGAUGACGAGGAAGAAUCAGUUUCACCCAUGAUUGAAAUCCAGACUGCAGUACGCGAAGCGGGAGCGUGUGGUGCGAGAGUGCUCCUCGGAGACAGGGACUACGAGACGACGGGUCGUCUACUGGAGAAAGCGAAACGAGCGGACAUGGCUAGCGCAAAGGAGAGGAAAGAGUUCAAUGAUCUCAUCACCAGCUUUGACUGCGAGGAAUCAACACGCGCCAUAACACGCAAGGAGUGCGCGCAGAUGAAGGAACGAGCGCCCAAAGUAUUCAAGGUCAUGUGCACUCAGCGAGAUCAGGUGAUGGCGAAGAACUUGAUGAAGCUGCGGGGAGAGCAGACGACGGUAGCGGUGAUCGGAGUGGCACACCUUGAUGGCGUCGAGAAAGUGUUGAAGGGUCACGGCUGGCAGCGUAGACGGGCGUAGGCGAGCCAACCCCUAGAAAUAACAGCGGUGCACCCAGUUCUCAUACUACCGUGCGGGGCUUGUGGCAUGGUGCGAGCCAGUGGUGUUCUCAAGGACUUGGGAAAUUGUUGUUGCUGCUGUUGUUGUCUUCACAUUAAA